UGACUUUGUCGGUUUCCCGAGGAGCCGUCGUGAGUUUCCGUGGGAGCGAGGGAUGUAACUUUGGUGGCGUACAGUGAGGAGGAUUCGCUGCUGGGGCUGUGUCUCUGCUUUGUGGCUGAGCGGGGGAGUCGGGAAGGAGCCGGAGCCGUUGGAAUGUGUACAAUGCCGCUCUCUUGGCGGAGGAUCAUUUAUUUGCUGCUGCUCUUUACUCCAUUGGUACUGGGGUUUAAGUCUUUGGAACGUAGGGUGAGAAGGGACCGCGGGCCGUGCCCGUCUCCUUGUCGCUGCCUUGGGGAUCUACUGGACUGCAGCCGUAGGAAACUCACCGUGGUACCGAGCAAUCUCCCGGAAUGGCUUGUGCAGCUGGACUUGAGCCAUAACAAACUGUCUUCAAUCAAAGCCAGUUCCAUGAAUCACCUUCAUAAUCUGAGAGAACUGAGACUGAAUAACAAUGAAUUGCAAAUCAUACCAGAUCUUGGGCCGCUGUCUGCAAACAUAACACUCUUUUCCUUGACAAAUAAUAAAAUUGAAGUAAUCUUGCCAGAGCACCUGACACCUUAUCAAUCUCUGGAAACGCUAGACUUAAGUAAUAAUCUUCUCGCCGAGCUAAAAGCUGGAUCAUUUCCUACACUGCAGCUAAAGUAUCUGUAUAUCAAUAAUAAUCGUAUAAGCACAAUGCAGUCUGGUGCAUUUGACAAUUUAUCAGCUACGUUACAAGUAUUGACACUCAAUAAGAAUCGUAUCUCUCAUAUUCCAUCCAAAAUGUUCAAGUUGUCCAAUCUGCAGCACCUUGAACUAAAUCGAAACAGAAUAAAAGAAAUUUUGGGGCUCACGUUUCAGGGGCUUGACUCUUUAAAAUCGCUGAGAAUACAGAGGAAUUCAAUAGCACGGCUUAUGGAUGGAGCAUUUUGGGGAUUAAGUACAAUGGAAGUUUUGCAAUUGGAUCACAACAGACUUACAGAAAUUACUAAGGGAUGGUUGUAUGGCCUGCUUAUGUUGCAAAAACUCCAUCUCAGCCAAAAUGCCAUCAGCAGUAUCAGCCCUGAUGCCUGGGAGUUUUGCCAAAAACUAAGCGAGCUAGAUGUGUCCUUCAAUCAACUAACAAGACUAGAGGAGUCAAGCUUUGGAGGCUUAGGCCUUCUUAGUGGCUUACAUAUAGGAAACAACAAAAUAAAUUUUAUAGCCGAUGGAGCCUUUCGUGGACUAUCAAGUUUGAACAGUUUGGAUCUCAAAAGCAAUGACAUUUCUUGGACCAUUGAAGACAUGAAUGGAACUUUUUCUGGACUAGAAAGACUUCAAAGACUUACCCUACAAGAUAACAGAAUAACAUCAAUUACAAAAAAAGCAUUUUCUUGGUUGGAUGCUCUUGAGUACCUAGACUUAAGUGACAAUGCCAUCACCUCAAUGCAGACGAAUGCAUUCUCCCAAAUGAAGAGCCUUCAGCAAUUAUACUUGAACACCACAAGUCUAUUGUGCGAUUGCCAACUGAAAUGGUUGCCUAAGUGGUUAGCAGAAAACAAUUUUCAGACGUUUGUAAAUGCCAGUUGUGGCCAUCCUCAGAUCCUCAAAGGCAAAAUUAUAUUUGCCGUUAGCCCUGAUGACUUUGUAUGUGAUGAUUUUCCCAAACCACAGAUUACUGUUCAGCCUGAAACUCAGUCGGCAAUAAAAGGCUCCAAUGUGACUUUUAUCUGUUCAGCAGCCAGUAGUAGUGAAUCUCCAAUGACCUUUGCAUGGAAAAAGGAUAAUGAACUUUUGCAUGACUCUGAGAUCGAGAAUUUUGCUCAUCUACGGGCACAAGGUGGAGAUGUGAUGGAAUAUACAACUAUUCUGCGACUUCGCAAUGUUGAGUUCAUCAAUGAGGGGAAAUUCCAAUGUGUCAUUUCCAAUCAUUUUGGUCCUACAUACUCGGUCAAAGCCAAACUCACAGUUAACAUGCUUCCCUUAUUCACAAAGAAGCCAAUGGACCUUACUAUUCGAGCUGGAUCAACGGCUAGACUAGAGUGUGCUGCAGUGGGGCAUCCAACACCACAAAUUGCUUGGCAGAAAAAUGGUGGAACAGACUUUCCUGCAGCCCGAGAGCGGCGCAUGCAUGUCAUGCCAGAAGAUGAUGUGUUUUUCAUAGUAAAUGUUAAAACAGAGGAUAUUGGGGUGUACAGCUGCACUGCCCAGAACAGUGCAGGAAGCAUUUCUGCUAAUGCUACACUGACCGUGCUAGAAACCCCUUCUUUUCUACGGCCUUUAAUGGAUCGUACUGCAUCAAAGGGAGAAACAACCGUUUUACAAUGCAUCGUAGGUGGAAGUCCCACACCCAGAGUAAACUGGACAAAGGAUGAUAGUCCAUUAGUUGUAACAGAGAGGCAUUUCUUUGCUGCUGGAAAUCAGCAUCUGAUUAUUGUGGACACAGACCUUGAAGAUGCUGGGAUAUAUACAUGUGAGGUGUCCAAUAUUCUUGGAACCGAGAGAGGCAAUAUUCAUCUUACUGUUUUACCUAAUCCAACCUGUGAUUCGCCUGUCAAUGCAAUACAAACUGCAGAAGAUGAUGGCUGGGCAACAGCUGGCAUAGUUAUCAUUGCAGUAGUCUGCUGUGUGGUGGGAACAUCCCUUGUUUGGGUUGUCAUUAUAUAUCAUACCAGAAGAAAAAAUGAAGACUGCAGUGUUACUAAUACAGAUGAGACCAAUCUACCAGUGGAUACCCCAAGUUACUUAUCUUCCCAAGGCACAUUGGCAGAAAGACAAGAUGGCUACGGUUCAUCUGAAACUGGAAGUCACCAAUUCAUAGCCUCGUCAAUGAGUGGUUAUUUUUUACAGCAAAGAGAUAAUGGAGCCUGUAAUUUGGAUAAUGGGAGUGAGGCAGACUUGGAAGUUGCAACAGAUCCGCUUCUCUUUAACUACACAGGAGUACCGGGCCCUUUGUAUUUAAGAGGGAAUCCUUAUGAUCCUGAUGCAUAUGAAAUAUUUCAUGCAGGUUACAGCAUGGAUCGAAGAACACCAAAUGCGAAUUUCUAUGAAUCAGAGUAUUUAAAGCAGAAAGAACUUGGCUUGUUUGGGCAUCAGCAUGAUGACUGCUACAAGAUUGCCUGCAGUCAUGGUGUACAGUCAUUAGCUGGUCGAAUUGUUGGUCCGACUUGCAGUCACAAAGAGGACAUUGAAAUAAAAAUGAGUUUGGAUACUGACAUUUUAGGCCUAAAACACACUGUUGACCAAGGGAUACUAACAUCUUGCAGCACUUAUUUGGGAACCUUUGGAAAACCUGUAUGGAGACCUCAGCUUGAUUCACCUUGUGGCUAUGUACAACCAUCAUUUAGUCAACUGACAUCCCACACAAUUCCACAAACUAAACUAAACAUGCAGUUGGAGAAUGGGAAAGAUGAAUCACAAAGGACAAAUAUUCCGGACGAAAAUGCUACUUUCUUUCCCAAAAUUACUUCUGAUUAUCAAAGAACUUCUGGUUUCCAGUGCUAUGAGCUGGAUACAUAGCAGCAUUUGAUUAUUUGCAUUUAUUUAAUGAACAGUAUUCAACAUGCUACCUCAACUUACAAUUAAGGAAAAAAAGAAACCAAUGGUAUAUUCAUCUUGGAAUGUACACGGAUUGCUCUAAUGAACUUUUGAAGUUUCUCAAUUUUAUAUGCAAGAAAGAUAAACGUCUUAAUUAUUUUAAAGCUGUGU